UGAGGGCGCUGGGCCCCUGGGCAGCACGGGCUAGAUGUGUGUCAGCUAAUUAGCUGGUCCCACUGGAGCGGUGAGGUCGCCACCGGAUAGUGUCCCUGCCCCAUUACUAGCGAUCUGUGACCUUGGGCCAGUGACUUUACUGAGUCUUGGUUCCCUCAUCCAUAAAAUGUGGCUAAUGCCUGCCUUAGGGAACCGUUGUGAGGAUUAAGUGAGACAUGAGGUCUCUUUGAAAGCAAUAAUGAUGACUAUAACAAGAACUUAUCUUGCUUUGCAAGAUUCUUCUGCCGUCAGAGUUUCUGAUUUAUUUUCUGGGGUUCCAUGUAUGCCAGGGAGAAAGAGAGAGUGCGAAAGAGAGAGGAUGUCUCUCUCAGACAGGCACCUGGCGGUGAAGCUGGCUGACCAGCCACUUGCUCCAAAGUCUAUUCUUCAGUUGCCAGAGACAGAACUGGGAGAAUACUCUCUAGGGGGCUAUAGUAUUUCAUUUCUGAAGCAGCUUAUUGCUGGCAAACUGCAGGAGUCUGUUCCAGACCUUGAGCUGAUUGAUCUCAUCUACUGUGGUUGGAAGCUAAAAGAUGACCAGACACUUGACUUCUAUGGCAUUCAAUCUGGGUCCACCGUCCAUGUUCUGCAAAAGUCCUGGCCCGAACCUGAUCAGAAACCGGAACCUGUGGACAAAGUGGCUGCCAUGAGAGAGUUCCGGGUGUUGCACACUGCACUGCACAGCAGCUCCUCUUACAGGGAGGCGGUCUUUAAGAUGCCCAGCAAUAAGGAAUCUCUGGAUCAGCUCAUUGUGGCCACCCCAGGCCUCAGCAGUGACCUUAUUGCUUUUGGGGUUCUCCAGGACAAGGACCUCUUCUCUGUCUUCGCUGAUCCCAAUAUGCUUGAUACAUUGGUGCCUGCUCACCCAGCCCUCGUCAAUGCCAUUGUCCUGGUUCUGCACUCCAUAGCAGGCAGUGCCCCGAUGACUGGGACUGACUUCUCUUCCCGGAGCAUGCCCUCCAGCUCAUACUGGGAUAUGCGAGGUGGCUUCCUGUUUGAAGGGCUCUCAGAUGAUAAAGACGACUUUCACCCAAACACCAGGUCCACACCCUGUAGCAGUACCCCCAGCUCCUGCCCAGCCUUCCUGGGGUACAGUGGAGCUGCUGGGCCCUGGCCCAUCACCCAGAGUGAGCUGGCCACCGCCUUAGCCCUGGCUAGCACUCCGGAGAGCAGCUCUCACACACCGACCCCUGGUACCCAGGGCCAUUCCUCAGGGACCUCACCAGUGUCCUCUGGUGUCAAGUCAGGUACGCCCAUCACCAGUGAUCUCCUCAGCCAAGUCCUACAGCAUGCCCUUCAGGCCUCUGGGCAGCCCAGCCUUCAGAGCCAGUGGCAGCCCCAGCUGCAGCAGCUAUGUGACAUGGGCAUCCAGGACGAUGAGCUGAGCCUGUGGGCCCUGCAGGCCACUGGUGGGGACAUCCAAGUGGCCCUGGAGCUCAUCUUUGCUGGAGGAGCCCCAUGAACUCCCUGCUUCUCCUGAACCCCCAGCAAGUUGCAGAGGCUGCUGCCUUUGGGAGGCACUCAUGAAGGUGCCUCCAUCUCUCCCUUCCCCAAUAUACCUGAUGGUCAACUCUCAAAAAAAAAAA